AUGCAAACCGUGCUUCUCAAGGUUCUGGGGUCGGCGCUUUCUGCGCUCGGCGCAUAUGGGGUGUACAAGCUAUUCAAGUUCGUGUAUGGGGAGCUUACCUCGUCUUUGCGGUACCUGCCCGGACCCAAGAGCUCCAGCUGGAUAUAUGGCAACUUCAGAGAGAUAUUCGAUGCGGAGAACUCAGUGCUCCAUGAGCAGUGGGUGAAAGAAUACGGGCCUACGAUCAAGUACAGGGGACUCUUCGGGGUCACUCGUCUGUACACGACGGAUCCCAAGGCUUUGAACCAUAUUCUCAUGCAUACGGAUGUAUAUCAGAAACCAGAGAUGACCCGUCAUGCCUUGGGACGUGUGCUUGGUGAAGGUGUACUCAUUGUGGAAGGCGAGAAACACAGAAGACAGCGCAAGAUCAUGAACCCGGCGUUUGGCCCCAUUCAAGUACGCGAUCUGACGGAGAUAUUCGUGCAAAAGGCUAUCCAGCUGCGAGACGUCUGGGCCGCCGAGACAGCGAAAGAGGGAUCAGCUCGGAUUGAUGUCUUGUCAUGGCUAAGUCGGAUGACGUUGGACGUCAUUGGUCUUGCUGGAUUCAACUACAUGUUCGACGCGCUAGUUGGAGAGCCCAAUGAGUUGAACCAAGCAUUCUCCACGAUAUUUCAAGCCAGCACAAAGUUUGAGGUGUUCCCGCUGCUUCAAGCCUUCUUCCCUCCUUUCCGUCUGAUUAAAACGCAGAGGGACCGACAGACUGAGGCUGCUCGAGAAGUCAUGACGAGGAUAGGAAACCAACUCCUGAAGUCGAGCAAAGAAGCCGUUGUCCAGGCUGAAAAGGAUCACGUCAACGGCCUGCAAUCUCGGAAUCUACUUUCACUGUUAGUGAAAGCGAACACAGCAGCAAAUAUACCUGAUUACCAAAGGCUGAGCGACGACGACGUGCUUGCCCAGGUCCCGACGUUCCUUGGUGCCGGUCACGAAACCACAAGUACGGGAACGACGUGGGCCCUCUUCGCCCUCACUCAAAGUCCCGAAGUACAGAAAAAAUUACGCGAAGAGUUGUUUGCCGUGCCUACGGACACGCCAACCAUGGAUGAACUGAACGCUCUUCCCUAUCUCGACGCCGUGGUCCGGGAAACCAUGCGUGUGCAUGCCCCCGUGCCAUCAACUGUCCGCGUCGCAGUAGCUGAUGAUGUUCUCCCGUUGAGCGUCCCGUUGACAGAUUUGAAGGGUGUAACUCAGCAAUCAGUACCAAUCAAGAAAGGACAAUUGUUCAUUGUUCCGAUCGUUGCGAUGAAUAGAUUGGUAUCAGUAUGGGGCGAGGAUGCCUUUGAAUUCAAGCCAGAACGUUGGCAGUCACCGCCGGAGGCUGCCAGCGUCGUUCCAGGAAUAUGGAGUAACAUGAUGACGUUCCUUGGCGGUCCUCGAGCAUGUAUCGGUUGGAGAUUCUCUAUCGUAGAGAUGAAAGCCUUGCUGUUCACCCUUGUGCGUUCAUUCGAGUUCGAGCUCGCCGUUCCGUCAGAGGAAAUUGGCAAGAUCUCGUCCGUCGUGCAACGACCCAUUUUGAAGAACGAUAAAGAGGCAGGAAAUGUAAUGCCCUUAAUCAUUAAACCAUAUCAACGGGAGUGA